CGCAGCUCAGCGCUCAACGCCCGUUGCCACGUCCACCCUCUGCUGAGCCUAUCCGAAGCGCUGCGCUAGGAUGGGUCGACGCAAGGCUUGCAUUUGCUUGCUGGCAGCGUCUGUGCUGCUCUCGACCACAGUACUCGCCCAGGAAAGCCAGCAACAGCAUGCCACGUCAGGCAGUCAGGAGAACCUCAACGACUUGCCCAUCAAGACUCUUGUUACCCGCGCUGGCGUCCUGCUUGCCGCUGGACAAGGCACAGAGGCGCUCAAACUAUACGAUGUCGCUCUGGAGAAGGAUGCCUCGGAUUACUUGACGAGGUACAAGCGAGCAACGACGUACCUUUCCCUUGGCCACUCGAAACGAGCCCUUGACGAUCUUGAACAUGUUCUCACUCUGUCCGACUUUGAUCAGGCACGACUACAGAUUGCGCGGAUCAGAUUGAAAGCGGGCGAAUUCGACGAAGCAGCGAAGGCCAUUACGCAGUUUUUGACCAAGAAUAGCAGCGAUCAGCCAGCGAAAGAUCUCAGAAAAGUCAUCACCGACACGCGGAACGCCCAGACAGCGGCUACACAAGCUAGCGCGAAAUCUCAGUGGGAGCUCUGCAUUCGCACGACCUCUUCUGCGAUCGAACACGCGCCCAGCUCGGUCGAAUUGCGCCUCUUGCGUGCGGGUUGCUACCAAGGUCAAGGUGAUUAUGAACAAGUCACCGGCGAUCUCAUGAGAGCCGCGGCACUUCAGUCAACGAAUCAGGACCUCUUGAUCCGAUUGGCACUCAUGUCAUAUCUCUGGCUCGGUAGGGACUCGGCAGAGUCACUACAACCUGUCAAGCAAUGCCUACACUAUGAUCCAGACAGCAAGUCCUGCAAGACCGUCUUCAGGCUGCUCAAGUCGCUCGAGAAAGACAUGAGCAAAGCGCGCAAUUUUGUCGAAGGCAACAAGUGGAACUCUGCUGCUCAUCUCAUCGAUCCUAAAGGUGGCUCGGCGACCGGACUGCUCAACAAAAUCCGCGAGACGAUCGAAACGUAUCAGAAUGACGGAAAGAACUAUCUGCCGACUGCGAAAGCACAGCGCGACGCUUCUCUGCUCAUUACGAGAUUGAUGCAGUGGGCUUGCAAAGCACAUACUCGCUCCGAUACGCCGAGGCUCGGCCUAUCGAUCUGUGAGGAGUUGGCUAAGAGACUGCCUGAAGAUGUAGACGCUAUGGUUGCAAAAGGAAAGGAUGCGCUCAAACGAGAAGACUACGAAGAAUCUGUUCGACUGCUCAGCAAAGCCUUUGAGCUCACCGGCCAAUCUGAUCGAUUCAUUGCUGAUGAGCUUCAGAAGGCUCAGAAGCGUCUCAAACAGUCCAAACAACGCGAUUACUACAAAGUGCUUAAUGUCUCACGAGACGCAGACAAGAAGACAAUCAAGCGCGCUUACCGCAAAGCGACGCUUAAAGCUCACCCUGACAAGGGUGGCUCCCAAGCUGCCAUGGCCGCGGUCAAUCAGGCUUACGAAGUUCUCGGAAAUGACGGUCCGUCAUAUCGUUCGGAGUCUCAUGGCAUGCUGACUCGCUAAGGAUCGCACAGAGCUCAAAGCGCGAUAUGACAAUGGCGACGAUCCAAACGAUCCUCAAGCCCAGCAACAGCCCCAUUGGGGUCAUGCGGGCGGUCAUCCGUUCCAGCACAUGUUCCAACAGGGUGGCGGAUUUGGUCAAGGCGGCGGAUUCGGUCAAGGCGGUGGCUUCAGUUUCAAGUUUGGCUGAUCGUG